CUGGCAGAUCUGUGGUGAAGAUGCCAUUAGUGUUUUUAUAAGAAGAAUUAUGUGGCAGAGCAAAUUCCCUGAGAUGUAUUCCUCACUAUGUUUAAUAAGGCCCUCAUAAAUGCAAUCAAUCAUCACCGGCUCGCACAGACCAUACCUGGAUGUCAGCAAAGGCCAUGUAAAAGUCUGUGGCUUCUCCUGGGAUUCCCCACGGAGCCUCUCAUUUUUAGGCAGCAAGCUAAUUAAAGCAGUGAAGCAGAUGGGCCAGACUCUGUCUGGACAUAAUGAGAUGGUGCGUGGCGAGACAAACCGGACAUGGCAGAGCAGCUGUAAAAGAUUUGAGAGGUGAGUUUCCUCCUGCCGAAGGAGAGAAUGGGGGAACUUCAGAGCAGCUUUUCAGGAAGCUUGUGGAUCAGACUCUGUUUACUUCUCCCAAAUGUUGCUGAACAACUUUUACUGGAAAUUAACUAUGCCACCAGCAUAUUUUUUCCCGUUGUCUUUUUUUUUCUCUUUUGCUCCGAAUCUUUGCAUCUUGGCAGGUGGUUUUUGGUAAACACCGAAUCCUCAACACCUGUUGCCACAGGCGUUUUCUGUCUGCCAACUCUUGCCAAGUCUGACAGAAGCUGUGAAAGGAAUAAAAAAAAAAAAAAAACCUGAUAGACCAACAAAUACAAAAAAAACACAUCUGCACUAUAAUAGAGGCCCCCUUUCUGUCUUGAAAUUACAAAUCAAGUUCACAGAAGCUUCCAUUCCUGGGAGCAAAGGCAGUCUCCAAAAACAUGCUCCGCUGGCCUCAUCCGAGGAAAAGGCUCAGGUCUGAGGAAGCCCCGCUGGCCGGGAGUGAAAAGGCUGCGUUUGGAGAUGUCCACAUCUUCCUGGUAGAGAGGAAAAUGGGCCGCAGUAGGAGAAGCUUUCUGACACAGCUGGCCAGGUCAAAGGGCUUUGUCGUAGAAGACGUUCUCAGUGAUGCCGUCACUCAUGUGGUUUCAGAGGACGGGGAGGCCUCUUCACUCUGGGCGUGGCUUAAAGAUCACUCUCGCUCAGAUCUGUCGAGGAUGCAUGUGUUGGACAUCAGCUGGUUCACCGACAGCAUGAAAGAGAAGAGACCUGUUGCUGUGGAAACUAAACACCUCAUCCAGGAUGUCUUGCCGGAAGUUUCUACUCCCACAUCUGCGGCCGCAGUUUCUCAGUACGCCUGCCAGAGACGGACGACAACAGAAAAUCACAACAAGAAUCUCACAGAUGCCUUUGAAGUGCUGGCUGAGAACUAUGAAUUCAAUGGGAUGGAGGGGCAGUGUCUGGCCUUCAGGAGAGCUGCGUCAGUGCUGAAGAGUCUGUCUUGGGAGGUGCGCUCCUCAGAGCGAGUACAUGAGCUGCCCUGCCUGGGAGAGACCAUGGAGGAGUUGGUGGAGGAGAUCCUCCAAUACGGUCGGUCGUUUGAAGUCAAUAAAAUACUCUCAGAUGAAAGGUAUCAAACGCUCAAGCUGUUCACGAGCGUGUUCGGGGUUGGACUAAAGACGGCGGAGAAGUGGUACCGGAGGGGACUGCGCACAUUCCCAGAUGUUCUGGAGGAGCCCAGCAUUCAUCUGAAUCGAAUGCAACAAAGCGGUUUUCUGCAUUAUGGAGACAUCUCCAGGGCUGUCAGUAAGGCUGAGGCUCAGGCCCUGGGGAGCAUUAUUGACGAAGCUGUCCACGCCAUCACUCCGGAUGGCACACUAACUCUGACAGGUGGCUUCCGCAGGGGGAAAGACUUUGGUCACGACGUUGACUUUAUAGUGACCACACCGGAGCGGGGGCAGGAGGAGCGUCUCCUCACCAGCAUCAUCCAACACCUGAAACAACAAGGCAUUCUCCUCUUUUCCGAUUAUCAGUCGUCCUCCUUUGACAUGUCAAAGCUUCCCAGCCACAGGUUUGAGGCCAUGGACCACUUUGCAAAGUGCUUCCUGAUCCUGAGGUUGGAGGGGCGUGAAGUGGAGGGAGGUCUCUGCAGAGCUGAGGGGGACAGCAGGGACUGGAGAGCUGUUCGAGUGGACUUGGUGUCACCACCCCCGGAUCGUUUCGCCUUUACUCUUCUUGGCUGGACCGGUUCACGGCAGUUUGAGAGAGACCUCCGAAGGUUUGCUCGACUGGAACGAAGGAUGCUCCUGGACAACCACGCUCUAUUUGACAAAACCAAGAAAGAGUUCCUGGCAGCUACGACCGAGAAGGACAUCUUUGCCCAUCUGGGUCUCGAGUACAUCGAGCCUUGGCAGAGAAACGCGUAGGCCUCCUCUCCUCCUGGAUGGAUGAUAUCCCGGUGUGUGUACAUCAGCGAUCAUCCCAUCUGUUUGCUGUUCUGAGGCUCUGCAGUGAUUCAGGUUUUGAUUUCCAUGCUCUUUUGUGAUGCUGUCACCAGUAUUGUUGCUGCUUUUACUGUCUAGAUUAUGUGCUGAUUUGUAAUUCACAAUUUUGCUUUUUCAUUGUUGUCUGAGAGUGAAUAAAACAUUUCUCCCCAUCUC